AUGGAGUCAAAACAGCCAGAAACCAAAGUGGAAGAGUCCAAAAAAAGAAAAUUAGAAGAUGAAGAAACACAACAAUCAAAAAGUUUGAAAUCAAGUACAGAAAAGAAUAAAGAAGAUGGUAAAGUUGUUCAAGAUGAUCAAAGUAUUCAAAAUGAAUCAGAUCCUACAAUUUUGAAAGAUAUACCCAAAGAAUUAAUCAUCCAAUUAGAAGACCUAACAUCCAAACCAACAACAAUAAUAACAAUGAAGGCAAAUAAAUACAUAAAAUUCAUACUAAACCAAUGGUCUCAACAUCCAGAUUAUGAUCAAUCAUUACUUCUUGACACCAAGAAAUCAUUAUUCCCACUUUGUGUCUCACUAAGAAAAAACAAUUUGGAUCAAGAUCAAUUAAUUUCAUUAUUAACUAUAUUAUAUCAUUUACAACAUGGUGAAUUUAUGAAAUCUACAGAAAGUUAUAUGAAAUUAAGUAUUGGUAAUGUGGCAUGGCCUAUUGGUGUUAUUAGUGUUAGUAUUCAUGCCCGUUCUAGAGAUUCAAAAUUGAAUAAUGGUGGUGCAAAUAUUAUGAUUGAUGAAAAGACAAGAAAAUGGAUUACCUCGAUGAAGAGAUUGAUUACAUUUAGUGAAGUUCAAUAUAGAAAAUAA